AUGAUUCGGCUAGCCACUUUUAUUAUUCUUAUUUCUGCUAUUUCCAUAUUUGGAUCCCUGUGUAUUUCUGUGGCAAUUCUCAUUGGAAUCAACGAGUUUCAUAGUGAAGUUGCAGGAGAUUUAGGGGAUUUCAAGGGUUAUUUCGAUGACGCCUGGAAAAUGAUGCACAUUUCUGAGGGCAAUCCAUUGAGAAUAUUGGCACGGCGGGAUUUGGAAAAUUCGGAAGUUUUGGGAAGAACAAGAAAACAGGCUGGCUAUGAUUUCGACGGUGGAGCAUCGAUUGGAGGUGGACAAUCUCAGCAGUGCAACUGCGGGACACCUGCCACUAACUGCCCUCCUGGACCCCAAGGACCCCCUGGGUCCCCCGGAGAAAUGGGAACUCCUGGUACCCCUGGAACUGAUGGAAUGCCUGGAAUGGACGCAAUGAGACAAAUGGCUAUGGAAGCAACGAAUGGAGAAUGUGUGAAAUGCCCUCAAGGACCACCUGGACCCCCUGGACCCGAUGGACCUCCAGGAUAUGAUGGACAAAUUGGAAUCCCUGGAAAUCCAGGAGAAGGGCCAACUCCAGGACUGCCAGGACCCCCUGGACCACCAGGACCAUCAGGAAUAGACGGAAGAGAUGGUUUGAAGGGAAUGGAUGGCCCACCAGGAGAUAUUGCACUACACUCUGUGAGCCUUCCUGGGCCGCCUGGUCCACCAGGACCUCCCGGACCACCUGGACCAGUUGGAAUACCAGGAGAAAGUACUCAAGGGGAACCAGGACUCGAAGGACCAGCAGGUACACCUGGAAAUUUCGGAAAGCCAGGAGGUGAUGGGGCGCCAGGAGCGCUUGGAGACGAUGGGCAGCCUGGCCAAGACGCCCAAUAUUGUCCUUGUCCACCGAGAACACCGAUUGGAGGUGGAGCCGAUGAGAAGACCGAUGGAGGCGGUUAUUUUUUCUUCAAGUCUUAA